CAAACGCCUUCAACACACUCAUGACCACAAACUGACCAAUUCGUAUAUAAAUAUGUCCACACUCACUAAACCCUGCACCUCCUUAAAAUCCCUUGUCGUCGAAUACCAUUGAACUAAUUCUAGCUAGCUUUCUACAUAACAGAUAUAGCUCUGUCUGUUUCUUUAGUUCCUUCAUCCUCACUUUAACGCUUUCCCCUACACUGAACAAAACCCAAGUUUUAAAGUUUGACUUCAUUUGAUCAAUUCAGGGCCUCGUCGGGACGCCCUAUAUUCUUCAAACCCAAAACCCCAUCUGACAAUCAAGCAUGGCCAUCUUGAUUGGCGGGCUUUGAAUUCUUGAACCCUUUACCCUCUGUGUGUGUGGCUUGUUGUGAGUAAUUUUAAUUUGUGGCAGGUGAUGGAGGAGUACCUGAAGGAGAUAGAAGGCAAAAGCUUGCACGACUAUGAUGCUCAAAGGGUAAAGAUGGCUAAAAGAUUGUGCGUUCGUGGACCAGUUAUAGUGGGAGCUGGUCCAUCUGGCUUAGCCACAGCAGCUUGUCUUAAACACAAAGGAAUCCCAAGUCUCAUCCUUGAAAAGUCCGGUUGCUUAGCUUCAAUGUGGGAAUUCAAGACCUACGAUCGCCUUCGGCUUCACCUUCCCAAACAAUUUUGUGAGCUUCCUCUCUUGCCGUUUCCCAAGAACUUCCCUUCCUAUCCCACAAAACAGCAGUUUCUAGCCUACUUGAAGGCCUACGCUCUUCACUUUGGCAUCAAACCAGCCUUCAACAAGACAGUGAUCACCGCAGAAUUUGAUCACAGAUUUGGUUUCUGGAGAGUGAAGACCCAAGGGCUGAAGAGGGAGAUGACAGAAUAUGUUUGUCAGUGGCUCAUAGUGGCCACAGGAGAGAAUGCAGAGGCCGUAGUGCCUCAAAUUGAAGGCAUGGAUGAUUUCUUAGGACCUGUAAUACACAGUAGCUCGUACAAGAGAGGCAGUGAGUUUUCUGGGAAAAAAGUUCUGGUGGUUGGAUGCGGGAAUUCUGGCAUGGAAGUCUGCUUGGACCUCUGCGAUCAUAAUGCUCGCCCUUCCCUUGUGGUUAGAGACACGGUUCAUAUCUUGCCUCAGCAGAUGUUUGGGAAAUCUACUUUUGGUUUAUCUAUGUGUUUGCUCAAGUGGUUCCCAAUACGGCUUGUGGAUCGGUUUUUGCUUCUGAUGUCACGUCUCAUGCUUGGGAACACAGCUCAGUAUGGACUUAAUCGACCCAAAGUUGGCCCUCUGGAGCUCAAGAACUUAAGCGGCAAGACACCAGUUUUGGAUGUUGGCACACUGGCUCAGAUCAAAUGCGGCAAUAUUAAGGUUCGCCGGGGAAUUUCACGACUAACUCAGCAUGCAGUGGAGUUUGUCGAUGGUAAACUAGAGAACUUCGAUGCCAUCAUUCUGGCAACUGGUUACAAGAGCAAUGUACCCUCUUGGUUAAAGGAGAGUGACAUGUUUAGUGAGAAAGAUGGGUUGCCCCGGAAAGCAUUUCCCAAUGGAUGGAAAGGCGAAAACGGACUCUAUUCUGUGGGUUUCACAAAACGUGGCCUCCUUGGCGCCUCCAUUGACGCGAAGCGAAUCGCAGAAGACAUUGAACAUUGCUGGAAAGCUGUGCAGGCCAGCCAUGUUAUCAAGUUCACUCCUCCACUUGCAUUAUGCCAUGACCAGAAAGACGCACAAAAUUAAUGUUUUCCCUUAGAAAAAAGAAACAAAGGCCAAAAAGAUAAAGAUAAAGGACUUGGCUGGCCCUUGCUUCGACCUGCCAUUCACACACAUGCUUUGUGCCCGGACAGUCCUCCCAGUUGAGCUCAGCGCACUCCAAAAGGAAGGAAAGGAAUAUAAUUGAUGAUAAUAUAAGGAAAAGAAGAGAAGGCAUAUAUAGCUGCGAUGUGCGAUUCUUGCAUAUCCAUCGCUUCACAAAACUCCGGGUUUGCGAGCGUGCCAAGUUGAGCGACUUAAUUCAUGUGCACUUUUUUCUUCUUCACUUGGUGGAUUGAAAAGUGACGCGCUUGUCUUGUCAUCAUGUUAUAGAUGUGUAUAUCUUGUACAUUUGUCGUUAGCUAGGUUUUCUUUUGUUUUUUUUUUGUUUUGGCUGGGAGAUCUAGAAUUAAGAGGUUUAUAAUAUCACGUAGUCUCUUAUAUCCGUGCGUGUGUGUGGCUUGCUGAGUGUAUAGAAAUUAUGAGACAUGUUUGCAUCAAAUUUGACCUUGGUUUUGUUA